AUGGCGCAGAAAGUGAUGAAGAAGGAGGCGUCGCCCCACGGGUUGCUCAAGCGCCCUCUGCGGCAUCGAUUCUUCGCCCUUCGGCAUGGCGAGUCCAAAGCGAACGUCGCCAAGAUCAUCAUCUCCGAUCCCAAGGUGGGCACGAAGAAAUACGGCUUGACGAAAGCAGGCUCUCGGUUCAUCAAGAGCGCUUCCUCGCGUGUUGUGAUUGUUUCUUCCGACUUCUCGCGGGCUCGGGAGACUGCGCAAGUCUUUGCGAAGACCUUGCGGAAGGCCGGCCUGACAUGUCCGGUGCGACUCUCGACGGCGCUUCGUGAGAGGCGCUUUGGCUCUCUGGAAGGCGGCAGCGACAGCCGCUACAACGAGGUUUGGUCCAAGGAUAGGCGCAACGCUGCGGCUCGGCCCUUUGGGGCGGAGAGCGCAAAGGCAGUGCAGAUGCGGACUGCCAAGCUCGUAUCAAGUCUGGACCGUGACCUUCCUGACGGCGCUGAUGUGGUGCUCGUGUCCCAUGGAGAUGCCCUGCAAAUCCUGCAAACGGCGUUUCAGGGGAUUUCUGCCGCUUCCCAUCGCUCCCUGUCCCACCUGGAUCGCGCAGAGCUGCGCGCACUGAACCCCUGA